AUGGGGAUAACACGACUGGGGGCAAGGCUGUGGAGAGUUCCGGCAAAUUUUGAAUUUUCAAAAGCAUCGUGUGUACGCCAUACUUCCGGCUAUUGCAGGCCUCUUGAAAACUACGAAAAGCUGGUGGAUUCUGGCAGACUGAACGAUGAUCCACUGCAGAGAUCAGUGAUAACCUCGUUGGGCAAGCUGUAUGACUCGCUAGUCGAAUACAGGCCGCCGCAGGUGCGAGACCCGAACCCACUCAGCCAAAUUGGAUGGAGAUCGAGCUUUUUGGGCAAAAUGCUCUUCAAACCAAAAUACUCCACUGAGGGCAUCCCAAAGGGAAUAUACUUAUAUGGCGAUGUCGGUUGCGGCAAGACGAUGCUCAUGGACCUCUUCUAUUCCACAAUACCGCCACACCUUACAAAACGUAGAAUGCAUUUUCACCAAUUCAUGCAGUACGUACACAAACGGUCGCACGAGCUGGUGGGAGAGCUCAACCUGGACGCCCUAGGGGAGGCCAAGCACAAGGACAUCGACUCCAUCCCGUUCCUGGCCACAGAAAUCGCACGUCAGUCAAGGGUGCUGUGCUUCGACGAAUUUCAGGUCACUGACGUGGCAGAUGCGAUGAUGCUGAGAAGGCUUUUAACGGCUCUGCUCUCGAAAAAAUACGGCGUGGUGCUAUUUGCAACCAGUAAUCGUAAACCGGAGGACCUGUACAUAAACGGGAUCCAGCGCGAGUCGUUUGUACCAUGCAUCGAGCUCCUGAAAGAAAGAACGCAGGUGGUAAAGUUGGACUCCAAAACGGACUACCGAAAGGUGCGCCGCCCACUUUCCGCCGUUUACUAUUUCCCGCUUCCCGGGGUGGACUACAAAUCUUCCGAGUGUGUGGCUGCAAGAAAAUCUCACGUCAACCAGUGGUACAACUUUUUCUCGCAGUUGGAGACCCCCGAGUAUGGAGCCAACGUUGAAAACUCACAACAGCACCACGGCAUCCAUACAAACUAUAAGCUCAAGGUUUGGGGCAGAGAACUGAAUGUGCCCCGUUGCACGCCCCAGAGAGUGGCACAGUUCACUUUCAAAGAGCUAUGCGGGAACCCACUGGCAGCAGGCGACUACUUAGCGCUUUCCACCGCCUUCAAAAGCUUUGUGAUCACCGACAUUCCCUACCUAUCUAUACACGUACGUGACGAGGUACGCCGGUUCAUCACUUUUUUGGAUGCAGUCUACGACAACGGUGGGAAGCUUGCAACAACAGCUGCUGCGCCGUUCCAGAAGCUUUUUGUCGAGCCAGAGGCUAUUCUGAACGAUUACAAGCUGCGUCCUGUAAACUCUGAAAACCAGGCAUCGCCGCUCGACUCCAAUAUCUUUACUUUGGACGAAGAACGUUUCGCUUUUGCCAGAGCACUCAGCAGACUCACGCAGAUGAGCUCUCUGGACUGGGUAGAGAAAUAA